AUGCACACUGGUCGCCUCCUUGCUCGCGUCAACGCAUCGCUUUCCGUCCAACGUCAGCAACAGAGAAGGAGGCAACACGCACUACUGAAGAAGCUGAUGUGCUUGAUAAGGAUGCGCAUCUACAUAACGACUGCUGCUCUAACCUCUAACGCAGUUUGCGCAUGGACGUUCAUGUACAAGUCGUGGUGCGAGAAGUCGUUCAUCAAUACCGUCUUUCUCCUUCCCCAUACCUACGACAUGUUGCUCGAGGCGUUCUCACGGCACUACGUUGUCAAGUCCGGGCCUUCACAAAGGAGCCGUCCACGGCGGUUCGUGUCGAAGAAUAACGUACUAGCAUGCUUGAUGCACAUGUACACUGCUGCUGUGAAGCUCAAAACGCUAUGCGUGUUGUUCGGCGUACCUCCGUCGACGAUGAGCAGAACGCUGUGCCAAGCGGAGGUGGCUCUAGCAGCUUCGCUGCGCGAGAUACCCCUGGCUGCCGUUCAGUGGCCGUCUAGCUAA